AUGGCGCGCACCAAGCAGGGUGUGUUUUCUUGGGAGGAUGUGUUGGCGCAUCGUUACCAGAACAACAAACCCUCCGGGCUCCCCAGGUCACGUCGAUACAGCGCCGUUCAAAGCCAACGGAUGUCCUCUAAACCCGACACCAGAACAGAAUGGGCCAUCCAGUCGCAAAGCGCCUUACUGGCCAGGCUAUCUCCCGAGCUGCGACUCAUGAUCUGGGAGAUGGUCCUGGGUGGCAUGCGCAUCCACAUCGUACAGCGUCAGAACCGGCGAAUGGGACAUAUAGUCUGUCCUCAGACCAGCGCAUGCGACAUUUGUCGCGGUGGACUUCCAGGCAUGAAAGUGUCGGCCGGUCUGCUGGCGCUGUCGAUGACAUGUAAACAGAUCUACUGCGAGUCUAUCUAUAUGCUCUACUCGCUCAACACCUUUGAAUUCAGCAAUACCUGGUCGCUGACAUACCUGCGACCCACCAUCCCGGCCGACUUCUGGGACGCCAUCCGCGAAGUCGAGCUCCGCUGGGCGUUCCCGGGCCACUGGCUCCCCUGCAAGGACCCCGUCAAGUCGGUCUACUUCUCCGCUGGCCGGCAGCAGUGGGUCGAGACCUGUCUGGCUCUCACGCACAUGCAGGGCUUGCAGGCAUUUACGCUGCAGCUGAGCGGGAGCUGGUUCUGUGAGCCGGUGGAAAAGAUCCCGGUGUUCUUGGAACCGCUGCGGGAGCUGCAUCUGCGACAGCGAUGGAAGUUGCAGCUGCCGAGGCAGCCAUAUUAUGUAAAGGAGAUUCGGAAUAUUGAUGGGGACUUGAGGAAACGAGGAAUUGAGUGUGUGGUGAGGGUGGUUUAG